AUGCAAAAUCUUAAAACAAAAAUAGAACCUUAUCAGGAAGCUAAUGGAACAGUUGAGAUAAAAAAAAAAAAAUCGAAAAUUAGGAGAAAACAUCCAAAUGAAAUACGCUCUAAUCUUGAACAAGAAGAAGGCACAGUAGAUUCAUCCUCUCAACUUUUGAAUACGGCUACUUUAUCUAAUUUUUCAGCGAUCACAAAAGAAAAAACUGAUUCACCAUUUGCAGAAGAUUCUCAAGAAUUUGAAACCGCCGAACCAAUAUUUGACCAAAAUUUAGAGGUAUAUUAUAGCAACGACUUUGUUAUUCCAUUUCAAGAUAAUAU